GGGGGCUCGUGAGUGCAGUUCGAUCUGUUGUCCAGGCGGCUGCGCGUGCUGCCGUACCUGGCGGUCAACGGUGAGACAUCCUGAGGGUCAAACCGCCAACAAACGUUAACGGCUCGUCAUCCCCCCCCCCCCCCCAUCCUUCAUAGACCCCCCUCCAGUUCCUCUCCCCGACACCGGUGCCCCCUCCUCACAAGCCGGGUAGGAGAGGGGGGGUCCAGCGCGGGGCGAUAACACCGAGAAACCGACCAGCAUGGACCCCCAAACCAGGGACCGACCUAGCCCGGCUGCGGGGGGUUUCAGCGGGCGUCUGGCCACCUUGGGAGCCGACGGCGGGGACUCGGAGUCCGGAGCCGGCUCGGAGGAGGCUUCCGUGGGCUGCUGCAGCGACACGUUCACCAGCCUGCCCGACAUGGAGCAGGAGACUCUGGAGGAGAAAUUAAGGGGACUGGCGUUCAGAAAGCAGACCUCGUAUCGGAAAGCGAUCUCCCGUUCAGGCCUCCAGCACCUCGGUCCACCUCAGCCGUCGCUGCCUCCUGCAUCCAACGGGCCCAACAAGGAGCUACGAACCUAUGUGGACUGGACGGAGAACGCCGUGAACGGGGAUCACCUGUGGAUGGAGACGAGUUGUUCAGGAGAGCUGUGUUAUCUCGGAGAGGACACGUGUCUGCUGAAGACCGCAAAGUCGGCCCCCAGGAGGAAAUGUGCUGCCUGUAAGAUCGUCGUUCACAACGGCUGCAUAGAGCAACUAGAAAAGAUUAACUUCAGAUGCAAGCCGACCUACAGAGAGGGAGGAUCCCGCUGCCUCAGAGAUCAGAACGCACUGAGACAUCACUGGGUUCACAGACGAAGACAAGAGGGGAAAUGUAGACAAUGUGGAAAGAGUUUUCAACAGAAGUUCUUCCACAGUAAAGAAAUCAUCGCCAUCAGUUGUUCCUGGUGUAAACAGGCUUUCCACAAUAAGGUGACGUGUUUCAUGCUGCAUCAGAUUGAGGAGCCGUGUUCACUGGGGGCCCACGCUGGAGUCAUAGUACCCCCCUCCUGGAUCAUCAAAGUCAGGAAACCACAGAACUCACUAAAGAACUCUGCGAGGAGAAAAAAGCGGACAUCCUUCAAGCGACGGACGAGCAAGAAGGGACUGGAUGAGUCAAAAUGGCGUCCGUUCAUGUUGAAGCCCCUCCCCUCUCCUCUCAUGAAGCCCAUCUUGGUGUUUGUCAAUCCCAAGAGCGGAGGCAACCAGGGUGCCAAGGUGCUACAGAUGUUCAUGUGGAUCUUGAACCCUCGACAAGUCUUCGACCUGUCACAGGGCGGGCUGCGGGAGGCGUUGGAGUUGUAUCGUAAAGUGCCAAAUCUGAGAAUCCUGGCCUGCGGAGGCGACGGCACGGUGGGGUGGAUCCUGUCCACUCUGGACGAGCUGCAGAUGAACCCUCAGCCUCCGGUCGCUGUGCUUCCUCUGGGAACGGGAAAUGACCUCGCCAGGACGCUCAACUGGGGUGGGGGUUACACAGACGAGCCAGUGUCCAAGGUUUUGUGUCACGUGGAGGACGGCUCAGUUGUGCAGCUCGACAGGUGGAACCUUCUAGUGGAGAAAAGCAUCACACAGCCGGAGGAGGGCACGCAGAAGCUGCCUCUCAACGUGUUCAACAACUACUUCAGCCUGGGCUUCGAUGCUCACGUCACCCUGGAGUUCCACGAAUCCAGAGAGGCCAACCCGGAAAAGUUCAACAGUCGCUUCCGCAACAAGAUGUUCUAUGCAGGAGCCGCGUUCUCCGAUUUCCUCCAGAGGAGCUCCAGGGAUUUGUCCAAGCACGUCAGAGUAGUGUGUGAUGGUACCGACUUAACUCCAAAGAUCCAGGAGCUGAAGUUUCAGUGCAUCGUGUUUCUAAACAUUCCCAGGUACUGUGCUGGCACCAUGCCGUGGGGAAACACAGGGGACCACCGAGACUUUGAACCGCAGCGCCAUGACGACGGCUGCAUCGAGGUGAUCGGCUUCACCAUGGCCUCACUGGCGGCGCUACAGGUUGGCGGACAUGGAGAGCGGUUGCACCAGUGCAGAGAAGUCGUCCUCACUACCUACAAGACUGUACCUGUGCAGGUGGACGGAGAGCCGUGUCGCCUGGCUCCCUCCACUCUCCACAUCUCCCUCCGAAAUCAGGCCAACAUGGUCCAGAAGAGCAAGAGACGCACCUCUGUCCCCCUGCUUAACGAUAUUCAGAAGGUGUGUGCAGCUGAUCUGCGCCGCCUCUCUGCUCCCCCAGACUCCUUCUCUGUUCCUCAUGCAGUUCCUGAUCGUCUGCGUCUUCGGGUGAAUCGUAUCAGCCUGCAGGAGUACGACCGGCUGCAGUACGACAAAGAACGACUACGAGACAUCUCCAUCCCAGUAGGCAUUGUGGUGGUGAGAGGCGACUGUGACCUGGAGACGUGCAGACUCUAUAUCGACCGACUGCAAGAGGACUUACACCAGGCGCCAUCUACUGGCCACAGAGUGCACUAUCAGGAUGAGUGUCGAGGUAUUCCCAGGACCAGUUCGACCAGUAGACUCUCUCCAAACUGGAGCUUCCUGGAUUCCACUUCAGCCGACCGCUUCUAUCGCAUUGACAAGGCUCAGGAGCACCUCCACUUUGUGACAGAGAUUUGUCAGGAGGAGGUUUUCAUCCUGGACCACGAAGCUCCGACUGUGAGCCAGGGGUCGUCCACGGGGAUGCCUGAUCUGGUGGUGGAACCUACUGCUGGCUCUCCCUUGUCAUCAGAGGACCAAGCUCUACUUAAAGCAGCCAGCACAGGGGAUCUUACUACGCUGUCGGAGUGUGUGCAUCGAGGCGUCAGCUUGUUGGUCAGAGACUCUGGAGGUUGUUCGGCGUUACACAUAGCUGCUCGGAACGGACACACAGAGCUGGUCAGCUUCAUCCUGCAGCAGGGCUCCAAGGUGCUUCUAGAUCUGACGGACCGAGAGAAAGGGGACACUGCGUUGCACAAAGCCGCCUCAGAGAAGCAGCUCUCCGUGUGUCGUCUUCUGGUGGAGGCCGGGGCGUCGCUCCUGAAGACCAACUUCCGGGGGAAAACACCUGCUGAGGAAGCGGAGGGAGACUCAGAGCUCACCACCUACCUGAGCGCCCAACAAAACACAUCUUCUGCUCCUCAUGAGGACUUAGAGACUGCUGUCUGAGACACACACACACACACACACACACACACACACACACACACACACACACACACACACACACACACACACACACACACACACACACACACUGUGUCUCUCUGGACUCUGCACACACUCAAAACAGACUUUGGAUUGAAGCUCCAGAGGAGUGACCUGCUUCAGCUCUGCAGAGGAGAUUUUAAUGCUAUUUAUUUGUAUUUAUUUAUUCAUAUUCUAUUUAUUGGUUGUGCUGAUUGAUUGUUUUGAUUGGCCGAGUGAUUGAUUGUCGGACUAUUUAACAGUUCAGGAUGUAAGUGCACUUUGAGCAGCCGCGUCAGGUGGCGAGUUCACUUGAAGACGUGUCUUUUAUUUCAGUCACAAGAAGUUUCUGCGGAGAAGAAUCACAAAGACGCACCGUGUUAUUCCAGAGCUCAUCGUUUACUCUGAGGUUUUAUAUAUUAACCCCAUGAAAUGUUUGUGCCAAAGACAUUACACUGACGCCGUGUCAGGAAAUGUUCCCAGAAUCCAUCACUGUCUCAUCAGACACCCAGGACGGAUCGCUUUUUAUACCAAAUUAUAACUUUGAUGUUUUUAUUUAUUGAGAAGCUAUAUUACCGUGUGGAAGGAGAGCUUUUAGAAAGAACAGAAUAAAACGAUUUAUUUCUAUCAUAUGAAACAUGAAAAUACAAGAAACUGCUGCAAAACAAUGACAGGCAACGAUUUAAAGUCCAAGAGUUUAAGAAAAAGUGAAAGUUUUUUUUAAGUCAGCUGGAUUACACGAGUAGCAGUCUGCACAGGGAGACUUUUCAUACAACAUGAGUAACACUUUCAGCUUUUAACGCCUCUUAAAAGGCUUCAAAUAAAAAAAAAACAUCAGGAGGAAGAGAACUCGUUUCUUAAUUUUUGGGGAUUUUUGUCUUUUUUGUCUCUGUUUAUUUUAGAGACAGGACAUCUGAUAGAGUCAGAAACCAGAGAGAGAGAGAGAGAGGAACGACAUGCGGGAAAGGAGACACCGGUCAGACCCAAACCAGGGCCGCCCGCUUUGAGGACAUAAGCCUCUGCACAUAGGGCAAACACACAAACCGCUAGGCUACCGACCCCCCUGCCGACAGAAUAUGGUUACCAGAUUUGACAAGUUUGGGUGUAAUAUUUAAUUUAGAAUAAUCAUAAAGUAUCCAAUAGGCUUGGAAAAAAAGAAUUCAGGCUCCAGGAGCAGAUGGCUUAGCUGUGAGGCCACGUCCCAUUUACGGAGGCUGUUGUCCUCCAAGUCGACGGCACAGGUUCAAGUCCGACCUGUGGCUACUUUCCUGCAUGUCAGUCGCCCCCCCCCCCCCCCCCCUCUCUCUUGGGUCCAAACAUCUUGGGGGGGGGGGAGGUUGAAUCUAAACUCUCUUUUCGUCAUAGUGUUGUGGCGUGCAGAAUUCAUCAUAUCCUUCACGACCACAUCAGAUUAUUUGGAAAGCUCAGAUAUACACAAACACACAGUAGGUCCUUGUGCAGGUGUUGUUAACGAUCAGCUUGUUUUCAUUCUUCUGUUUACACCAAACCCCGGUUUGUUUGUUUUUUUUUUUUUAAAGGAAGAUUUUAGCAUCAUGGCUUACUGACGCUUCAGUCUGAAUAUUUCACCGUGUGUCUGGUACUCCUGACUCGACCAAGCUCCUAACAUGCUGAGUGUGUGUGAGUGUGUGUGAGCGUGUGUGAGCGUGUGUGAGCAUGUUAUAAUAUGGCCCAUUCCAUAUCAAACCUGAUUAGACAAGUUGAUGUAAGAUGAAACAGUCUCUUCUCGGUGCAGUGUGACCAUGAAUACAAACUGUGUGGUGAUAUAACUGUGAGUGUGUGUGUGCGUGCGUGUGCGCGUGUGCGUGUGUGUGUGUGUGUGUGUGUGUGUGUGUGGCAUUUAUCCAAGAAAAAAGAGGAAGAAGAAUCUGAGCCAUAUUCAAUGCAAUAUGAAUGAAGCGAUGACGUCUUUUUGCUUUCCUCUCUGAUCGUUUACAUUACAUUAAUGUUUUGAACGUCGUUGGCACCGAGGAGUAUCGAAUGUGCAGUUUUACUUCAGUGCCCGUUGGUUCCAUGAUUGUCUCGGUUUUUUUUUUCCCGUUUUUUUGUGCAUGUUUGUCGAUGCAUCGAUCUUUUAAACAAACCCCGUGCUCUCUUUUUUCUAUAACCUGUUGUGAACUACAUGUAAACAUAAAGCAGUGACGACUCUCGCCCAGGAUCUGCAGAGAUGUUGAGAGUCGUUAUGUAAGGUCUGGUUUUAUAAGUACAGUAACACAUGUAGUCCAGGUUCAGUUUCAGCCUUUUUGACCACGUUAGCUUUCAUUUGUUAAUUUCAUCCACGCCCUUUCUGCAGAAAUAAAAAAUCGGAACUAGUAAUUUACAUAUCCCGUAUUGUGAAUAAGGUCUUUCUCAACAUGACAGACAACGCCCUGCUGGCUCCUUCCUUGUUUGUUUUUUUUCUCCACAAAUGUUUCUGAUGCAGGACUCUUCCUGCGGCUGAGACCUUCCUCUGAGUGUGUGGACGCUUUCAAAAAAAGAAGUAGAAGAAGAAGAUUUGAGUGCACUCUCUGUGUGUCGAUAUUUCCUAUGAAGUGACCGAGGUUAAAGCUGGGCCCUCUCUGAUCCACACACACACACACACACACACACACACACACGCUUCUCAUCACUCAGAAACACGACUGUGUAUCAAACUGUGUCUCAUCAGCGUUGGUUAUGCAUGACAGUUUUCUUACCUCUCUGGAUUAUUUAAAAAAGACAAAAAGGCAUUAUUGUUGUUUCAACUAUUAAAUGAAUAUAAAUGAUUUCUACCUGAGUUCUCUCUGAGGUUCAAACAUGUGUUUGUUUCUUUUUCUUCUGCUUUUGUAUUUUUUAUGUCUCUGCUGCUGAUGAUGAUGAUGAACAUGAUGAAGAUGAUGAUGGGAUUACUUGAAGUUUGUUGUGUUAUUUGAUGACUUUGUUAAAAGAAGAUGUGAUGCAGUAGUUUUUGCCUCCGGCCUUGUGUCUGUCCAUCGAAUGUUUGGGUAAAAAUCAGAGCUGAAAUGGAAUCCACUUGUUGGUUAUUUAUGAUCCAAACUUAACUUUGCUGGGCGUCGUCCCCACCCUCUCUCUCUCCUCCUCACCUUUCCUGUCUCUCUUCAGCUGUCUGAUCAAAUAAAGGCAAGAAUCUUCCAAAAGUCGAUAACUUCAGGCCUAAACAGGGACAUGAAACUUUACAGGGUGUGUACAGUAGUGUAAGAUUUUGUUGUUUCAAAGUAAAACAAAAAGCAGUAACUCCCUGAUCAGCUGCUUCUUAAGAUGUCACCGACUGCAUGAGACUCUUUCUUCACAUUGCUGAAUACUUCCUUUUUCUUCUCAAUGUUUCAACUGAGUGCUUCAUAUUUAAUCAGAUUUUAAAGUCAGUUAAAUACAAAGACAAGGUGAGUUUAAAGAUGUACCACAUUUCAGCAACGUCCGGCUGUAUUGAGGUCAUUAAAACAGGAAGUGAACGCUCACCGAUAAACGACUCUAAAACAUCUUGAAGUUGACGCCGGUUUGAGAAAUUCACAGGUUGCUGUUAAAGUCAACAGAAGCUCACUGAGUCAGCGGGGAAGCUCCACAAAUACUUUUACUUAAAGGGAUGAAGUGGGGGAAAAUGUCUGAAGUCUGCUAAGCGAUGUCUUAUUUGUCUUAUAAACUUCACUUCCUACAGUUUCUCAAUGUCUGAACAACAAGAUCUGUGGGGAUCUGAAAAAAAUCAUAAUUUUCUCCCACCAGUGUUUAAAAGUCUGAAAAGUUACAACUCAAAAAACUGAAACAAAUCAGCCCACUUAAUUAUUCUAGAUGUCUUUGUCAUAUUGGGUCAUAAUUUAGACUUUUUUUUCUGCUUAUUGUUGAAAACUUUGCUGAAAACAAUAGUUUAACUUAUUAAAUCCAGAUUAUCUUACAUUUUUGACAAAAGUUGCCAACGUUUUGAAUUAAUUUCUUGGUUUUCUCUUUGUUUGGACUUCUCUAGUCACUUUGUUUCUGGUAAUUGGUACUGUUUUUUUUGUCCUCGCUUUGAAUUGUUGACUUUUGGUAUCCUUUUCCAUUUAAAAUGUUUCUUUUCUCAUGUUUUUUAUUUAUUCAUCAUGAUAUAAAAAUUCAGACGUUUUGUCAGAGUCCUAACCAUGAAGGGGAAAAGACCCACAAGCUUUAUUUGUUUUAUCAUGACUAACUUUUAAUGUCUUUAAUUCCUUUUCAGCGGGGUGUGUGAGCUUCCAAAGAACUUUCUAGACUUGUGUUUCCAAAUGAUUUUACAUGUGAUCCCUUAAAGAAGAGGGCCGGGGGGGGGGUUCCUAAACUCAACCUGUCCUCACAUGUUGCAUCAUGUUUCAAAAUAUCUAACUAAAUCGAAUGACUUAAUUCGCUUACACUGACUUUGUUUACACACUUACACAAACACAGAGUCCCAUGCAAGUGAGUCAUGUUAUAAUUACAGCUACAUAAAACACCUGUGUUUACUGUAAGUGGUUGGAUUUCUUUAAGUGGCAGGAGAGACAAUGGGUCAAUAAUGUGAGUAAUGUGCAACAAAAACAGAUUUCAUUUCCUCUUAUCAACCAAAAAUAAAGAUGUUCUGGAA